UUCUAGUCAAAAUCAUCUGUGAUUAAAUGGACUCUGCAUGUACCAUACCUUAGUAUGGUCAUGUCAACAAGAUUUGUGAAGACCAUUUGGUUUUAACAAUGUUAAAAAUGUAUUAUUGAAUUUAUUUGCUGGCAUAGUGUGAUUUUAUUGUGGAAAUACAAAUGAAAAGAAAACCCUUUGUAAUUAUAAAAAUAAAAUUUUUAAAUUUGUAACUGAAUGCAUGCAUGUUAUUUUGGCUUUGAAUGACGUGAAAAGUUAAAUUUAAAAGUAGUUUCAUGUGCUGUCAUUGGUUUAACAUCAUAUUGUAUGAAAUGUUUAUUCGUAUGUAUGUUGAGCUGAGAAACGUACCACUGUUUUUAGUUUUGCUGCUGAAAUGCAUGAGUUAAAUAUACAUAAUGUAAUGGUUUAUUGUUACGUAAUGAAUGAAUGUAUUGAAGACUUCUUGAUAUUCGCAAUGUAUCUAAUGGUUCUCUCUUAAUGUUUUUUUCUGUAACAUUGCCCUAAUUGUUUAAUGGUGUGUACAAAGAGGAGUAUAAUAUCUUUUGAUGAUCAUUAAAUAAGGAAUCCAACAAUUAAAGGUAUAUUUUAUUUUCUUGUGGUUAUAAAUUUUCCGAUUGACGCAAAAUGAGUAGACUAAAUAUAUAAAUAAAUAAUACUAAAAAAAUUUGUAACAGGAUUAAUAUAAUGAAAUGACAAAAAAUAUAUCGACAUUUGAAUUGUAUUGAAUGAUAAAGAGUGGAUUAUAAAAAAUAUUAAUAUAUAAUGAUUUGUUUGUAUGUAUAAUGGUUACAAACUUUUCAAAUUUGGAGACAGACUUUAAGGUCUGUUGUUUUAGAAUUACUCUUAGCCUAUUCAAUUUCACCAUUGAAUAGCUUCAACAAUAUUAUGUAAAUUGUUGAAUCAUUUAUUUUUUUUUGUAGAGAAUAUAUAGUUUUAUAUUUUAUUUUUGUUUCAAACAUUGUUCUCUUUGACCUUUGCAUAAUUGUUAUACUUUUGUUUAUUACAAUUUACAUAUGAUGAAACUACACUAAAACAUAUUUUUAUUUUUCCUCUCUAUUCAAAGAUAGUAAUUUUUUAGCGUGAUUAGGCUUUAUGUUCUGAAUAAAACAUGACAAAAGUCAGUAAUUUCAUAUUUGAAGGAGAAUUUGUAUUAUCAUUUGCUGUAUGUGGUUCCUAAAGGUAUGACAGAAAGAUCAUAGUGUAUUAUUUACAAACCCAUUUCAUGUUACAAAAUGACGAUUGGUGUAAUCUAAUGCUCAUAUACCAACAUCUAUUGGAAUACCUAAAAAUGAUGUGUGUUAAGAAUUAGUCUUCAACAAAGAGAACAAUAUCCAAGAACAAGGCAAUGUUACAGUUACAAGAUAAUUAAUACUGUUAAUCAAUUUUAAUACUUCAUUUUUGAACCAUGUUAAAAAAUUUAAUGUUCUGAAUUAAAUGCAUGAUGUGAUCACAAAUGAGAAAUGUAUUUCUUGAAUCCAUAUAUAACUCUUGAAAAUAAGGAAAACAAUUCUGUAAUAUGUACAUUUAUUACUUCUGCUUGCUUCUUAGUUUCUUAUUACUUUAAUAUCAUGGAGCUAGUUUAUUGAUAUAGUGUAAGAAGUGGAAAUUGUAAACUUGAACAUUUUUUUGCACAAAAUACCUCCUUUAUUGAAUUUUCUACAGUUAGCAAAUCAAAUUAUUUUGUUUUUCCCCAGAAAUAUAAUUUGGUAACAUAAAGGAUUCUAAUACACAGGCUUUAGUUAUAGGAAAUUUUGCAUUAGUGUGUUACACAAUGCUAAGUUUUUAUUUUCAUUAGAUACAGAAUCAUAAUCAUAACUCACUUUUUUUUUUUUUCAAAGGGACUAACUAAUUUCUUAAUAUCAACAUUGCAAUGAUUAUACCCUUUUCCGUGGUAUCAAAAAACCGAAUAUUACAUUAUAUCAGUUACCAGUCUCUAUGAAGUUAAUAUAAAAUUUCAUCUAAAACCAACCCUGCCCUUAUAUUUUCUUCUUGCCGCUUGCAAGUUACAUUUCUACACCUUUAAAGAAAUGUAAUGUACUCUUACACAGAUUUCCAUUGCAGUUCUUCUUAAGAACUCUGACCACCACUGAAUAGUAUUGACAAACCUUACACACAUUAUUUCAAUUAUCUUUACACAAAGUUCGGGAGUGAACCAUUAGUUUUUUGUUGGGAACAUGCGUAGCAUAAAUAGAACUUAAUAGCAUAAAUAUGCUAUGCACAUGCAAUGGGAAUUUCAGAGGUUAUGGAAAAUAUUUAUUGAAAAUUAUAUGAUAUAAUAUGUAUUUUUCUGAAGUUUGCUAAAGGAAAUUGACAAUAUUUUUAUUGUUUUGUGUUCAAUCAGUUAUUUGAUGGAAUAUAGUUAAUUUCAGUGUUUUUGCUACUCUCCAUAUAAUACCCGACCAUAAUACGUACGCCCUUUCAAAGUACUGGAAAAAGAUAGGUUGUGAAACAUUUGACUCUUGCCAUAUUGUUCAUUUUAUGCUAUAAAGCUUGUCAGUCCCUAUAAUUAUGUAUUUCAGAUUUUUUAUAUUAAGUUAAUUUAAAACAUAUUUCUUAUCAUAAUUCUCGUGCUUUUUUACAGUAUAUAUUUUGUAUAUCUGGUGUGACAUAUUUCCUGUAUUCAUAAAAAAUGUUUCUAAUAAUAAACUCAUGCUUAAACAUUUCAUUUGAGUUAAUCACUUAGAUUUCUACUUACAAACUUCCUGGAAAAAAUAAAAAAGCAAGGGUAAUCUUAAUUGAUAUUUUUGGUAAAAUAUAUAAGUGGAAAAAGAUGAACCAAAUCAUAGAUGUUGAUUUUAUGUUGCUAUUUAACAGUUGGAAGCAAAAGACUUAGAUGCAUUUUCUUCUGUGUGCAAUUAAUUUUGUUCUGAAGAAAUUGCUUUUUUAUGACUGUUCAUUUGUUACUUUCUGCAUACUGCUUACACAGUUAAGAGAAAGUAAUGUAAUGCUACAGGGAAAAGCUUUGAUUUUCAACAACAAUACUCUGAGGCCCUGGUAAUGAAGAAUUGAAUAAACCUUGUUCCUAUGUGUAGUAAUUACUUCCUUUAUCAAGUUGUGUAAUCAUAAUCCGUUUUGUUUUGUGGGUCAUUGGUACCAAAAAUUCAAUGUACGGUGUUGCAAGUUCCACCUGGAGCUACUCCUGUGGGGUUUUGUGGAGUGAGGCACUUUCAUAGAAAUCAGUGUGUGAUUUUAGAUAGAUUUGCAGAAAUGUUUCCCAACAGGAAAUUGCAUAUGAAGUUAUAAAUUAGUUGAUUUUUAAAUUGUGAUAAAAUAUACUUCAAUGUGCAGCAGUUUUUUUUAACCAUUCUGUGGAUCUAUUUGUGGAAUUUUUUUAUUUUCUGAGGAAGUGUUGGUAUGUACUGUAUAUUAUUAGAUUUCUUAAUUUACGUGAACAAGUGUUUUCUGCAAUAAUAUUUUUUUUGUUUCCUUUUAGGAGAUCUGGCACCUAUUUCUCUUGAUGCAUAGUUGUUCGGAAUUUUACUGUGAUAUUCUGUUGUUUUUUUCUAUUUAAUAUGAGUUGUUUUCUUUAAUUUCUCCUGGCUAUAGUGGGCCUUUAGUGCAACUGCUGGAGUCACAACUUUGCGCUAAGUUCUUUAUGUUGGUACUCUCACCGAUCCCGGUGUUGUUAGCAAUUUCCUCAAGAAAUUAUUCUCCCACUUGUUGCAGCAAUAUUUUGAAGAUGAGAAAAAAAUUCCAUUGCCCGUAUAUUUAUGUUCGCAUACCUGUGAAAAAUAUGUGCCCUCCACAAUGUUAUAAUGAUAUUGUUUUAAAUCCUAUUUGCUUACUUCAUGGUCCUUAUAUACACUUGCAGAUAUUCUUUUAACAUUAUCUUUCGAUUUACAGUUGGAAUUUUCUUCGAAAUAUUCAUUUUCCACAUGGUCUUCUAACAGAAGUUUUUGUAUCUUUCCUAUGUCAUCUGCAAUUUGCAGAUCAAAAUAUUUACUCAUUUUGAAAAUAGAAUAAAUACUAAGAAGAAUAUAUUCU